AUGGUGUAUACCCGACCAUCAUCCGUACCUUACCCGACUGCCUGGCGGAGUUUCACCGUCCACCGUGGUUCCUCCACGUCACAGCUCCGAGUUCAGGAUCUGACUGAGGAGUUCGAGGAACCGGCUGUUCACCUGCUGAAGACAUACUUUACCAGAGACGAACCGCCUUGCAAGUGUAUUGGUAUAAAUAACCAUCCGAGAGCCCUCGCCGAGCUGGAGAAGCUGUGGCGGACGACCAUCAAAGACAGGGUGUCGCUGGUCUGCCUGACAGAUGAUGAUCAGCUUGUUGGCGUCAAUGUGCUGACCGUGGCGAGUAAGGACGAUAAGGAGGAGCCGUUUCAGACUGACGACGAAGUUUGGGCACAGCUGUUCGGUGCGGUAGACCUGGUGACCAAGAGUGUAGAUGUCUUCUCAAAAUACGGAGUGGACAAGUAUCUGACUGCUUAUGGCCUGGUGGUAGACCCUAAAUGGAGGGGAUGCAAGAUUGGGAAGGAGAUUUUGGAAGCAAGGAUCCCACUCUGCAAAGCCCUUGGCAUCAAGGUGACUGCCACGGUAUUCACGGCAGCAGCAUCGCAGGCUGUGGCCAAGAAGGCUGGCUUCGAAGACCUCUUCGAGAUAUCUUAUGAGGACCUGGCGAAGAAGGGCUUUGUGUUUCCAGGAGUAGAAAAAGAGACGAAGUCUUCCAAGCUAAUGGCUUUGGUUAUAGAGUAA